AUGAAAUCCACUAACGUUGCUGCUGCGCUGCUGCGCAGCGGGGGCGUGUCUCGGCUGCUCGUCGCCCUAGUUGGUUGCGCUUGCUUUGCAGCGGUGCUCUCGGCGGCCCUCAUCACGGAGAUUGGCGCUGGCGAGAUUUUCAUCAUUAGCGAAAGCCUCGGCGCUGGGCGAGAGCUUCACUUUCAAUUUGCCCUUCACCCCGAAUACCUCUUGCCGGUCUCGAUCAAGAAUCGUGGCACCAAUGAGGAACUGAUGCACUGGAAGGACCUCGCCUUCGGCAGCUUCUCCAUCGCGGCAUCCGACCAGCCCCGCAACAUCAUCAUCAGCUUUGAUAACUCGAACACGAUGUUCACGUCCAAGAACGUGAACUUUGACCUGCGCACCUUCAUCAACGUAAACUAUGCGGUGGAUGCGUCGAAGCUGGACCCGAUCGAGCAGAAAAUACGGGCGCUGUCUGGGUCGAUGCAGCAGCUGAAGACGUUGCAGGUGUCGAUUCGAAACCAACAGAAGGACCACCGCGACACCGUAGAGGCCGCGAGUGAACGAGUGCUGUGGUGGUCUAUCUUCCAGGUGCUGGCGUUCCUGAUCAUGCUCAGCUUCCAGCUGUUUAUGCUGAGGCGCCUCCUCGAAAAGAAGACGUACGUUUGA